AUGUCCUCUGCCGUCAUUCCUUUGGAGUCUAAUCCUGAGAUAUUUUCCAGUUUUGGUACGCAACUGGGUUUACUCCCCCGAUACGCUUUCUAUGACAUAUUCUCUCUAGAUGCUGAAAUGCUCAGUUUAUACCCUCGUCCAAAUGAUGGCGUAAUUCUGUUGUUCCCCGUAACCAAAGAGUACGAAGAGUUCAAGGCCAAGGAAACUCCUUCUGAAGACGUGAAUAUACAUUGGUAUAAGCAGAAGGUCAAGAAUGCCUGUGGAUUGUAUGCGCUAUUGCAUAUUCUGACUAAUGCUUCCAAAGACCAUUUACAGCAAGAUCGAAGUAACAUUCUAGACCGUUACGAAAAGAACCAGGAAAGUAUUGACCUACUCAUUCAGGAUGUCUCUAAACAUAUAUACAACCAGUACGCCGUGCAGGGAGAAACCGAAGCACCGUCAGCUGAAGAGGAUAUCACCCUUCAUUUCAUAACUUUUGUGAAAAAUAGUGAUGGCAAGUUGAUUGAAUUGGAUGGACGUCGAGAUGGACCUAUCGAUCUCGGGACUUUGGAUGAGAGCAGCAUGGAUAUUCUUGAUAGUCAAUUGUUGAAAAAUCGUAUUGAGACGUAUAUGGGACUGGUGGAUGAAGAAAACAGAAACAACUUUGCUCUCAUGGGACUGGGGCCUAUUGAUUAA